AUGGAGCCCCGUGCCCCCGCCAAGAUGCUCCAGUGCUCUUCGUUGCCAGGCCUGGUUCUAACAUGCCUGCAAACGCGUUCCCAGGAAAACAUCCUGGAACACCUGUCCGGCAGGCUGCCCCAGAUGUCUGCUGCUUGCCACAGAGGGAAUGGGGCCCACAAGCCACAAAGCAGGUACGUGCCAGUGCCGGAUCUUGCCCCCUCUAGCCAGACCGUGCGUGACCGCCAGGCUCCAGCGCAGAACCACUCAGGACCCUCUGCCGAGACGCAUGCGCAGAACGCCCGAAGUACCGAGCCGCCCGCCCAUGCGCAGACCUGCCGACUGUUGUCUUCUCCCGGUCUUCAAGCGCACGCGCAAGAAAUCAAUACUGGCGAGAGAAUCCCGCCUACUUCCUCCGUCUGCGCCUGCGCAGCUAGGGUCCUGUGGCUAGACGGGACCGGGCUGCCCCUCCCCAAAUCCGGAGGAACCGGUGUCUCCACCAUGCAAGAAGAGGAUGAAUCUGAAGCAACCUCUGUAUCUUCUGGAGACAGCGCCCCCCCAACUCCAUCUGCAAAUGGCUAUCCAGGCCCCCAAAUGAAAGAGUUGCAAGGAGCUGUAGGGGAGCCGGUGGACGAAGGCGGCGAGGUCGGGCAAGAUCGGCUGAGUUCUUCGCAGGCGCCCAGCCCCGAGUGGCAUGAGUGCCCCGAAUGUGGUCGUGGUUUUGGCACUUCCCGAGCCCUGAAGGUGCACCGCAGCUACCACGUGGGGCGCAAGCGGCCACACAGUGGCUCCUCCUCCUCCUCCAAGCCACCACCCCUGACCCUUUCCGGCAACCCUGAGAGCCGGGAAGGGCGAACGGCUCUGCCUCCUGGCCGGGGCGGAGCUUUCCACUACAUCUGUGCUGAGUGCGGCCUGGGUUUUGCUUCUCCCGCCUCGCUGGAGGCGCAUCGCUGCGAACACGGCUGGCGCCGCAGCCCUCCAGCCCCGCCUCGCAACAAGCUGCCCCCUUCCCCUGCCCCAAGGGAGGCCAAUGGCGAGCACGAUGCAGAUGGGGCUGAUGGACCAUACCACUGCACCGAGUGCCCGGGGGAGUUUGGCCGGGUGUCAGAACUGCAUGAGCACUACAUGCGCCAUGCGCGCGGAGAGCUGUAGAUCACCCACCCUUCUUCUCUUCCAUCUAACAUAUGGCACCUGCCAAGGAUUGCUCUGGCUAGGACUCUUAAGAAGUGAAUCAAAAACCCCA